AUGCCUGGCCUGACGCCCCCUCCUGCCGGCAGGGCGGCCCCGCGUGUGCUGUUCGGAGAGUGGCUUCUGAGUGCGGUCAACAGCGGCCGCUACGAGGGGCUGCGGUGGCUGGACGCUGCCCGCACACGCUUCCGUGUGCCCUGGAAACACUUCGGACGGAAGGACCUGGACGAGGCUGAUGCGCGCAUCUUCAAGGCGUGGGCGGUGGCCCGAGGCAGGUGGCCGCCCAGCCACCACGGGACUGUUCAGCCGCCCCCCGAGGCCCCAGAGCGCGCCGGAUGGAAAACCAAUUUCCGCUGCGCCCUGCGCAGCACGCAGCUGUUCCAGAUGCUUCAGGAUAACUCGGGGGACCCCACAGACCCGCACAAGGUGUAUGGGAUCAGCCCUGCCCCUGGACGGGGAGGUCCAGGCAGCACCAGGAAGGAAGAGGCCUCAGUAGAUGGCUGGCUUGUGAGGGGCUCGCCCUCGGGGCCACUCCUGGGAGGUGGAGAGAGGCUGGAGCCCGUGCUGGACUGGGCUGGGGCAGCAGGGCAGGAUUCUGAGCCCUGCACUCCGAGCCCUUUUCCCAUCCUUGCUGAUGGGACCAGAGAUCUCUUGCUCCAAGCUGUGCAACAGAGCCACCUCGAGGACCAGCUGCUGGAAGUGCCAUGGACUGUGGACCCAGCCCCUCAACAAGCUCCGGGCCCAACAGUCGCCCUCGGGGAGCUGGCCGCACAGUGGGCAGCGGAGGCGGUGCCCAGUGGUCCUGCCCUGCCCCAAGCAAUGACAGAUGCCGGCCCAAACCCCGCCCUGGAGCCGACGAAGGAGGUGUGGUCACAAGCCACGCCCUCUCCCUGCUCCUGGGUCCGGCCAACAGAGCCUAGUCUGGUGGACUUGGAGGUGACCAUCAUGUAUAAAGGCCAACCGGUGCUGCAGGAGACGGUGGGCCCGAGCUGCGUGAUUCUGUACGGCGCACCCGGCCCCACUGCCAAGGCCGCAGCAGGGCGAAUGGUGACAUUCCCCAGCCCCGAGCAGCUCUCUGACCAGAAGCAGCUGCACUACACCGAGACGCUGCUGCAGCACGUGGCCCCGGGGCUGCGCCUGGAGCUGCGCGGCCAGUGCCUGUGGGCCCUGCGACUGGGCAAGUGCCACGUGUACUGGGAGGUGAGCAGGCCGGGGAGCAGCUCCUCGGGCUCCAGCCUGCUGCCGCGGAACACCGAAACCUGCAUCUUCGACUUCGGAGUCUUCUUCAGGGAGUUGAUGGACUUCCGCGAGCGACGACGCCCCAGCUCCCCCCAAUACACCAUCUACCUGGGCUUUGGACAGGACCUGUCCGCUGGGAGGCCCAAGGAGAAAUGUCUGAUCCUGGUGAAGCUAGAGCCCUGGCUCUGCAGAAUGUACCACGAGGGCGUGCAGCGUGAGGGUGCGUCCUCCCUGGACAGCAGCAGCCUUGGCCUCUGCCUGUCCAGCUUCAACAGCCUGUAUGAAGACAUCGACCGCUUCCUCAUGGAGCUAGGACAGCCCGCCUAG